GACGUUUUUUUUUUAGGGGUGUGAGGUGUACAAGUGUCGUUCUGUUUUAGGCUAUUUCUUUCAGUAUAUACACUCUUAUCUAUGGCUAUUUCGUACUUCUGAGAGCUGUUGAUUUACUUUUUUGUUUACUAUUUCUGGUGGUGUUGGUUUUAGUAGUUAUAAAUCCAAAUUGGUGUAGGCUUGGCAGGGUUUGGUAUGACCUUUCUGUUCCUUGGAGUGCUCUUACUCUUUGAUAAAGGAUUAUUAGCUAUUGGAAAUGUAAGUAAAAAAAGUAUAACAGUUUAAAGAUUCAAAUCAGUGAAUAUGAUUGCUGUUUAUAAACAAACUAUCUACAGAGUAAUGUGCAUGCACAAGUGAGUAGUGUAUUCUAACUACUGAUUUUUAAUAUCUGAAAUCUGAAACUAGCGCUGAGAUUAUUAAUGUGGUAAAUUAUAUUAUUAUAUAAAAUCUGGUAGUAAUUGGUUAGUUUCAUAUGGCAAUCAAAUGUAAUCUAUUAUCAACAAGCAAAUCUGAAUAGGUGUGCCACAAGGUAGAUUUCUAGGUCCAGUCCUAUAUCUAUUCUUUCACUGACAUUUCAACACUUGCGAAGAUAGCAUACAGCUUGAUAUACAGAUUGAAGAUCCUUCUAGCAUCUUAAUCUAAUCAUCAUAAAGAAAGGAAAUAAAUGAUGCUCACUCCCUCCCUUGCAAUCAGAAGGAAAACAUAGGGUAAAUAAUAUAAGGGUAGAAUUGAGCAAUGCAAAGAAAUAUAUAUAUCAAUGAGUUUAUAAAAUAACUUAAACUACUCCCGAUUGUCUCAUGGAUGUUGGAAGCAUCACCAUUUUCCUCAGCGUCUUCCUGAUAACGAUACAAUAAAAAUAUCAUAAAACUGUGCUUGCCAACCCACUUGCCAAGUGCAGCAACUAUUACAGGUACCUUCCCUAUGACACAAUUUAUGGGUAGUUUUAUGUUCAGCAGUGGACUGUUGAUUGGAGAGACUUUCAGGCUCAGAAUGGCUAGAACCCAGAGCCGUAAAGCAAGUUAUAAAAAAAAAUUGAUUGCAGUGGAAUUUUUUUUUAUCGAAUGAGGGUGAUAAUCAUGCACACAGUCUGCCUGAUGGUAAGUGGAUGCUGUGGCUUAUGGACAUUUACGUUCAACCUCAAUUAAGAAUCAAAAUACAGAUGCAUUGACAUCCCUGAGGAUUAAGACGAAAUGAUAAAAGACAUGAUAUAAGACAGAUUUCCGAUUUUUUUUAUAGGAUAGGGUGACAAACGAGCACACAGUCCAUCUGAUGGUAAGUGUUUGCUGUGGCCCAUAGACAUCUACAUCUAUCCUCGUUUGUGAAUCAAAAUGUAGAUGCGUUGUCGUAACAAAAAUAUUCCAGGGACCUACAAAAUACUCAUUUGGUUUUUUUAUCCUUCUCCAUUUCACAACAAGUCCAUUUCUGAACAUAGGCCACCCUCAAAGAAUGCCAUAAAGCACGGCCCUGAAUCACCUACAUCCAUCCACAUACUGCAUCUUUUACCAGGUGGUUACUCCAUCUAAUGACCCUACACUUCACUAUCUGGUACUAGGCUACCACUCAAGAACCUUCCUUCCCCAUUGGUUGUCAGUUCUAGAGUUAUGAAUUUUACAUUGCAAUUAAUUGUACAAUUUAUUUCCAUUUAAAUAUUUGUAUGCCAAUGAGGGCUAAUAAUUUUCUGCUCACCAGAUGUCGCUAGUUGACACAAGUUUUUUGUUACACAAUGUAAUUUAAUUGAGUAGUUGUUUUUUAAUAAUAUUUUAUCAGUUUCUAGAGUAUUAUUAUUAUUUAACGGUGGUAGAGCCUUGCAGCAGCUUUUGCUGUUGCACGUAUGUGCCGGCUCGAGCCGGGUUAGUACCACGACCUCACAGAAUACCGGCGUGAAGUGGAAGCUCUGCUUCCGCGUUUCGUCUGGUGAGUGCAGGUGACCGGAUGCCCAAUUCCCCCCCCCCCCCCCCAUCAACAUGGUAGCGGAAUUACGUCAUAAACUACCCCAGGAGGGUACCAGUACCCCUGGAGAAUCCCUCGCUGAGCAUCCACGACCAUGCUAUUCCACUCCUGAGCGUGGGUGCUCAGGCUGCCCCGCGUAUUCUGGGGGGGGGGCAAAAUUCCGCUCAACACAAUAACUGCUUGGGGCAAACUGAGCAACAAGACCAAGGCGACCCCUGCCACGCUAUCCGUGAAUUUCUGCAACAUCAGGGGACUUCACUCGAACCUAAACGCCGUCCACUACCAUCUUGAGACGGCGAAACCGGCCUUGCUCUUUCUGACCGAGACGCAGGUGUCCUCUCCGGCUGAUACUUCGUAUCUCUCCUACCCGGGGUACAAAUUGGAGCACUCCUUUCUGCCUCGGGCUGGAGUUUGCGUGUAUGUCAGAGAGGACAUCUGUUCUCGACGCCUCGUCAGUCUUGAAGGUUCGGACCUGUCCAUCCUUUGGCUACGCGUAGACAGCGACGACCAUCCGCGCGUCUACGUGUGCCUCUAUAGGUCCCAUAGCGGUAAUGCCGAAACAGACCGACUCAUCGACCACGUCCAAAUGGCUACAGAUUCCUUGCUACAACAGGUCCCAUCUGCAGAGAUCGUGAUCCUUGGCGAUUUUAACGCCCACCACGCCGAAUGGCUCGGUUCACGUUUAACCGAUCAUGCGGGGAGAUCUGUUUAUGACUUUGCCUUGGCAUAUGGUCUGACACAACUGGUUACAUCGCCUACGCGGAUUCCAGAUGUUGAGGAUCAUACACCUUCCCUGUUGGACCUUCUGCUGACCUCUCAUCCGGACGGAUAUCAGGUUUCCGUCGAUGCCCCUCUUGGCUCUUCGGACCAUUGUCUGAUCCGGAGUGUGGUGCCACUCACGCUCCCCUCGCGGUUGCGUUCUGCAGGUUGCCGCCGUGUUUGGCAUUACAGGUCGGCGGAUUGGGACGGAAUGCGGUCUUUCUUUGCUUCCUACCCAUGGGGGCGGGUUUGCUUCUCACCGGAUGAUCCCAGCGCUGUUGCUGACUCUGUCACUGAUGUAGUGCUACAGGGAAUGGAACUAUUUAUUCCAUCAUCUGUGGUACCCAUCGGAGGCAGAUCUCAGCCUUGGUUUGGUCGCUCCUGUAAGACUGCAUUACGCAGUAAGCAGGAGUGUUAUCAAGCCUGGGCUGCGGCUUCGGUGACUCGGGAUGUAAACACCAGCACACUCAAAAAGAAGUAUAACUUCGCCUCCAGGUCCUUCAAAAGAGUUAUUGCCAAGGCAAAGUCAGAGCACAUAGGCAGAAUUGGCGAGAAACUAGUUCGCCUUCCUUCGGGAACCCGUGCAUUCUGGUCUCUCGCCAAGGCUGUCCAAGGGAAUUUCUGUAAGCCAUCACUACCAUCUCUGCACAGGGAGGACGACUCACUGGCCCACGACGCAAAAGAGAAGGCCGACAUUUUAGGCUCCCUCUUUGCGUCCAACUCGACUGUUGAUGACGGGGGGAACACACCGCCGACCAUCCCGCGGUGUGAGUGCUCCAUGCCGGAUGUGCGAUUCUCACAGCGCUCGGUUCGCAGAGCACUCCUCUCCCUUGACAUCCACAAGUCGAGUGGGCCUGACGGAAUCCCCUCAAUUGUGCUGAGGACGUGUGCUCCGGAGUUGGCACCGGUUCUAACGCGUCUUUUCCGGUACUCCUACUCCCUAGGCGUAGUCCCGAAAUCAUGGAAGACAGCUUUUGUCCACCCGAUCCCUAUAAAAGGCGACCGCUCAGAUCCGUCCAACUACAGGCCUAUCGCCAUCACCCCCUUGUUCUCCAAAAUAAUGGAAUCCGUUGUAAACUGCCACCUCAUGCGGUACCUUGAGGAUCACCAGCUGAUUAGUGACCGCCAGUACGGUUUUCGUCGGGGUCGAUCAGCUGGUGAUCUUCUGGUCUACUUAACUCAUAGAUGGGCGUUGGCAGUAGAGUCCAAGGGGGAGGCAUUGGCCGUUAGUUUGGACAUUGCGAAGGCCUUCGAUCGGGUUUGGCACAAAGCGCUUCUUUCGAAGCUCCCUUCCUAUGGGCUUCCCGAGAAAUUAUGCAAUUGGAUCACCAGCUUUCUUGCAGAUCGGAGCAUCAAGGUCGUUGUAGACGGUGCAUGCGCCGACUACAAGCCUAUUAACGCUGGUGUUCCACAAGGCUGCGUGCUAUCACCAACGCUGUUUCUUCUGCAUAUCAAUGAUAUGUGGCAAGCUGGUAGCAUUCAUUGCUAUGCAGAUGACAGCACUGGUGAUGCUCUAUACACCGGCCGUGCCAAUAUUUCUCGGGAAAACUUCACCGAGUACCGGAGCAAACUUGUGUCUGAAGUCGAGUCUUUGCUGGACAAAGUCUCGGAUUGGGGGCGACUAAAUCUAGUCCAGUUUAAUCCUCAGAAGACACAAGUUUGCGCGUUUACCGCUAAAAAGAACCCCUUUGUCGUAUCUCCUCAGUUUCAAGGUACUCCCCUUGUUGCCUCAGCCAGUAUCGGAAUCCUCGGCGUCGACAUAUCGAGUAGCGUGCAGUUUCGUGGUCACUUGGAAGAGAAGGCCAAAUUGGCCUCUAAAAAGCUUGGCGUGCUCAGCAGAGCGGGACAGUAUUUCAUGCCGGCUCAACGCCUGCAACUUUACAAGGCGCAGGUUCGGCCUCACAUGGAAUACUGUUCCCAUCUCUGGGCUGGGGCUCCCCAGUGCCAGCUUCUUCCACUUGACCGCAUCCAGCGCAGAGCGGUUCGAAUCGUCGACGACCGAGUCCUUUCCGAUCGGCUCGACUCAUUGGCACUGCGAAGAGAUGUUGCAUCUCUUAGCAUUUUCUUUCGCAUUUACCAUGGGGAGUGCUCUGAGGAAUUGUUCGGAUUAAUCCCAGCCGCCAAAUUUCACGAACGCACAUCGCGGCAGAACUCCCGAUACCAUCCACACCAUCUGGAUGAUUGGCGGUCCACCACUGUGCGAUUUAGAAGAUGUUUUCUUCCUCGCACAACUUCCUUGUGGAAUAGUUUACCACCAGCGAUUUUUCCGGACCGAUACGACUUAGGGACCUUCAAGAAAAGAGCCUACUCCUUUUUAAAAGGCCGGCAACGCAUCUGCAAUUCCCCUGGUGUUGCGGUUGUUCAUGGGCGGCGGUAGUCACUUACCAUCAGGUGAGCCGCAUGCUCGUUUGCCCCCUCUCCUAU